AUGACAUUUGCUUCAACUUCCAUCCAAAUAACAUCCUCUUCCACCUCCCACAUCCAAGAUCUCGGCCCGUCGGCUGUUUCUUCAAGUGCCGAUAAUCUCGGUCCGACCUCCUCCAAUGGCAAAAGCCUUAAAUCACCAGCUACAAUAACAGAUAAAGUAUAUCACGACAAAAUCAGUUCCACAACGGCCGUCCAACUACACAAAUUGAGGUCCCAAACAAAUAUCGAUUUCUCUGCUGCUACUGUUACUGCUACUGCUACUGCUACUGCUACUGCUACUGCUACUGCUACUGCUACUGCUACUGCUACUGCUACUGCUGCUACUACUGCUACUGCUACUGCUGCUACUACUGCUACUACUGCUACUACUGCUCCUCCUCUCCCUUUUUCUUCUUCUUCUUUAGAAUUCGAACAUACCACUGAAAUUAACUCAAAUGAUGAAGAAGAUAAUGAAGAAUACCCUGAAGGAGGAUUCGAUGCCUGGAGAGUCGUCUUUGGAUCCUUCCUCGGACUCAUUGCUGUCUUUGGCCUUGUAAACUCUCUCGGCGCUGUCCAGGCCUAUGUCAGUGUGAACCAACUAUCUACAAAAAGUGAAUCUCAAGUCUCUUGGAUUUUCUCCGUAUUUGUUUUUUUCUCCUUUCUCUUCACAGGCCAAGUCGGACCCAUCUAUGACCUCUAUGGGCCAUAUCACCUAUCCGUCUUUGGCGCCAUACUAUUCACUCUCGGACUCAUGACUGUUAGUCUCUGUACCCAAUACUACCAGUUCUUCCUAUCCUUUUCUGUCUGCUGUGGAAUCGGUACAGCCCUCCUUAUGACCCCAGAGGUAGCCAUCAUAGGCCACUGGUUUAAUAAAAAACGCGGAACUGCAAUUGGAGCAGCAACUGUUGGAGGAAGUCUAGGUGGUGUUAUUUUCCCCAUUAUGCUGCGCCAGCUCUAUACUACUGUUGGCUUCCCCUGGGCCAUCCGAAUCCUGGGCUUCAUCAGUAUGUUUUUGCUAACAGCAUCCAUUGCUCUUAUGAAACCACGACUUCUCAAUAGCCAGUCUACUCAUAAAAAAUUCAAAUUCUCACUCGAAACUCUCAUUGAUUACAAAUCUCUUAAAGAUAUGCGCUUUACAUGGCUCAUUAUUGCAAACUUUCUUGGAGAACUUGGUGUCAUUAACGGCCUUACCUUCCUUACAUCUUAUGCAUUAGCGCAAGGCAUGUCUGAAGAAAUGUCAUACGCUUUGCUUGCCAUUUUAAACUCCCUGGGGAUGGUGGGCCGUAUUGUUCCAGGGAUCAUUGCAGAUCGACUCGGUCGCUUCAAUACUCUUAUAGCUACCACAGCUGCAGCCUCCAUCACCAUUUUUGUCAUAUGGCUCCCCUUUGGCCAUACAAGCGCAGGCCUUAUUGUUUUUGCAAUUCUUCAUGGCUUUUGUAAUGGAGGUAUUUAUUCUCUUGCUCCAGUUUGCUGCGGACAAGUUUGCAAAACCAGAGACUAUGGUAAACGUUAUGGGUCCAUGUACUUCUUUGCCUCAGUCACCAUUCUUCUAGGUGUCCCGCUCUCAGGAUCCUUAAUUAAAAAUGGUACAGAUUAUACCCGGCUUGUUAUUUUUAACGGUUGUGUUUACGUUGGAACCACCAUCGCGCUUAUUCUCUCGCGCUACUGCGCCGUUGGUUUCCGUUGGUGCAAAUGGUAA